CUAUUCUGGUAGCAAUAUCAGUAUACGAACGGCGACCGAGCUGUAAGCCCACAAAAUUUAUGUUCCAGAUAACAAAGUCCAACGAGCGCGUCGUCGAUAGACUCCAGCGACAACGACAGACGGAGAAGGAAAAGAUACUUGUAUACUCGCAAUGGGGCAGGAAAAACAACAAACUCGGACUCCGCGAGUCUCCAUUGGUGCUUGGAUCGUGGUAGGGACGGCACUCGUGUUGGGCAGUAUCGUCCAGAGCUGCGAUUGCGCGCCUACCGUUGGCUCGAAAAACGCGUGGCACGACUACAACGACGUCCCCGCGGCCCUCCUCGGCGCGGCCUGCGACCCGGAGACGGGCCGGUGCUGGGACUCGCUGCCAUCAGUCGCGCGAGACAACUACCUCGUCGAGCCCAACAAGCUCUCCCACAGAACGCAACCGAUACACGUGAGAGCCGCCCAAGAGGCAACGGACACGCAACUACCGGCUAAUCCCGCGGAUUACGUGUCGAGUAUGAGAGGCCGGAGUAGAACCAGACACUCGAAGAAAGACACGUUCAUGUCGCGUGGAUGGGGCGCCGGUGGUAUGCCCUUCUCCGUGCUCUCCAUGAAGCCCCGAGCCAACAACCACUCGUCGUCUUCCACUCCCACCCAAGGGGAGACGAGCAAAAAUGGAGAAUCAGUAAGUAAAAACGGUGCAGGCGAUUCUCCGGCCUUGGCACCGCCUACGACUGGACGGUCGGGUCUGUCCAACAGCAGCAACUCGGGACAACCCAGACGUCACUACUCCAUCAUACCCCAGCUGUUUAUAUCAUACGGAUGGGGUCCUUCGGGGAAGUAAAUUCAAGAGAGAAGAUUAAAAAAAAGGAGAAACGAAAAGCAUGUUGUGUAUGGUCUUGGAACUUGACUCGUUUUAAGCAUUGAAAAUGAAUUUUUUCGCGUGGAUAAAUGCAUGAAAGAUUGAGUUUGAUCGUUAUUGAAGUAAUAGAUUUUAUGAAAUUAUGUAGCCAAAGAUGUAUUCAUUGUUACAGAAGAAAAUAUGUUAGUCGUCAAUAAAUAUAUCAGAUGAUCGUU